CGGCCUGGUGGUUACCCGCCGCAGCUGAGCUGGUAUCCGAGUUAGCGGGUAGCGCUGAACAAUAUAAGGGGACAGCUCUAAGUGUGGCUAAAGAGAGGUACUACUGUACCCUGCAGCUAUUAGGAAAACAAGAAAGGUGACAUAACUGACCCACAGCUUUGCAGUCCUCAAAACAGGUUUGUGUGUCAAGCAGUUUUCCAAAAUGCAGCAUAAAAUAUGAGAUGGUUUGAGAAGUGCUGAUCUUGUUUAGCAGUGCCCUCGUGAUAUCUAUUAUUACUGCUGAAUGCGGCAACUUCUGGAACUUGGACUGCUUCCCACAGCAAAGGAGUAUAACUAGUAUGACCUCCACAAGACAUGAAGGUACAGGCAGUGCUGUCUCUCAUCCUCAUUCUUGUACCAUCUCUAAGCAGAUUUCACGAUACAUUCCUUUUAGCUUCCCCUAAUCUUAUAACUGCUGAGGAAGAGCAAAUAGUCAUUGGAAGACUUGGUGAAGAUAUAAUUCUCCCUUGCACAUUUGAAAGUGAGCCUGAAGUUGUAAUUCACUGGAAAAAUCAAGAUAACUAUGUUCACUCAUACUACAAAGGCAAUGACUAUUUGGAAGCACAAGAUCACAGAUACAUGAACAGGACAUCCCUCUUCCAUGGAGAAAUUCACAAAGGAAAUGCCUCUUUAUCUUUAAGAAGAUUAAGCCUUCUGGAUGAAGGAAUUUAUUUAUGCUAUGUGGGAACAACAUCUAGAAAAAUCAUAAAUAAAGUGGUACUAAAGGUGGGAGCUUUCAUCACACCUGUGAUGAAAUAUGAAAAGAGGAACACAGAGAGCUUCUUAAUAUGCUGUGUGUCAAGUUAUCCUCAUCCACAUAUCUCAUGGAGAACGGACAAUACAACCAUCUCUGAAAGCAGUAAGGAAGAAAUUGAAACUUUGGAUCCUUUUCAUGUUGACAGUAUGAUAAAUAUUACAGGAUCAAAUGUAUCUUAUGAAUGUGCUAUUGAAAACUCAUUACUGAACCAAACAUGGACAGGGGGAUGGACAAUGAAAGAUGACCUUCAUAAAAAACAAAGUGAAAAUUUUUCACUUUCAUGUGAACUUACAAACAGUAUUUUUUUACUGGAUCAAGACUUCAUAGUCUCUUGGUCCAAAGUGGAAAGAGAGACCUCCUCUAUCCUGGCUUACUUUCUGAGCUCCUCACAAAAUACAACCAUCUAUGAACCCCGAGUCUCCUGGAACAAAGAGCGAAUAAACCAGAGUGACUUUUUCUUGACUCUGAAGGAUCUUAGAGUUUCAGACAGUGGGGAAUACUUAUGCAAUAUUUCUUCAAGCAAAUACACUUUACUUACCAUCCAAACACUGCAUGUAGUAGAACACAGUCAAAGCAGAACCACCUGGAUAAUUAUUCUGUCUUUGGUGAUUUGGGGUUUCCUGACAAUUUGCAUACUCUAUAUGUUAAAAAGAUACAACUGUUCCAGGAGAGAAAGGUCUUCUGUCUAUACUGAGAGGGCCAACACUGCUGAUGCAGAAGAAAGCAAGGCUUUUACAGAACACCCAGCUAGUAGUGGAAAGUAAGACAGAACUGUAUCAACCCAUGAUGAGCAUCCUUAAUAUCCAGUGACUUCGCUUCCCCUUUCUUUCACUGCAAUUCCAGCGGGGGCUUGUCAUGGCCUAAUAAUUCUACCUUUGGAAAGACUUGCAACCAUUGAGUUUCCCACUACCAUAUUUCCUCUUCAAGUCCCAACUAUUACUCACUGACUCCAUACCUACAUCAAGAUUAUGAAUGCCUGGAUGUCAGUUCCAACUAGAAAAGAACUGUUUUCAUUCAGUGGCACUCCUGCUGCAGUCAGUCCAGGAGGCCACACUGAGGUUGCCACCAAGAUCUUGGAAGAAAUGUAUCACUAAGCACUGAUUCAAAAUCUGAUCAACUAAUGAUGGGUGAGAGAGCACAUAGAAGCAGAAAUCACCUUAGUGAAAAGGUGAAAAAUCAGGGAACUUGAUAUGCUGAGGUAUUGUACUCAUUUUAUAUGAAUAGUUAAUAUCAGCUUAACCAACUAGAUUUAAUAUGGUGAGUCUUAGGGACUCCAAAGUUUAAAAAUGUCAGUAUCUCCCAAGAUUGCCUAGAGCAAAGGGCCCUAUCAACUCAAGAACUGACAACUCU